AUGGAAGACAUUAUUCCAAUAUCAUCACCAUCUACAAAAAAUCUUGUUCAACGUCUACAAAAUGCUGAAAAAUCAAUUACAUUUAUUCAACGAGAACAUGCAUCAACAUUACAAGCACUACAUGAAGAAAUAGCUAAAUUACAAAAUAAAUGUAGCGAACUUACAUUUCAUUUGGCCAUUGGAGGUCACAUAAUCACAAAUUCUUCAGUAGAAACUAAAUUACAAUUGAAAAUUGAACAAUUAGAAAAUGAAAUAUUAAAAUAUAAAAAAGAGGUAGAAAUAUUGAAAAAAAUAUUAAAUGAAAAAGAGACAAAGAUUAAUAGUUAUGAAACUAAGUUAAUAUUGAAUGAUCGUCAACAUGCUAAUGAUAUACGUUUACAACGUGAAAAAUAUCGUUUACUUAAAGCAGAUUUAGAAAAACGUGCAACAAUCAUAGCUGAAUUAACAACACAAUUACAUCGUGAAAGACAAUUACAAACUAAACGUUUAGGACAAAUAUUACUACCAAAUAAACCAAUUUUAAUACGUUCAAAUAAUCAACAACAAGAAUCACAAGAUAUAUCAAUAAAAAAUGAUAUAGAAACAACAAUUUCUAAACGUCGAUUAUCAGCACGUUCAUCCUCUUUAACAAAUCGAACAACAGAUUCAUCAUCGAAAGUUCUUUUCCCUCUAAAACGUCCACCAACUCCACCACAGUCGUUUAUUAAUGAAAAACAACAUAGAAUUACAUCACCACUACCGGUGACCGUUUGGAUUCCCAAAACAAAUAUCGAAAGUUAUUUAAAUAAUCAAACAACAAUUGAAUCAGAACAAUAUAUAAAACGUCAAAAACAUUUAUUAAUAAAUGCAAAUAUAACAUCUCCAUCAUUUGAUACUAAUUUCGCUACAAAAACUAUACCUAUGCGUGUUAAUGGACCACUUCCGCCAAUUGUCACGCGAAAAGUGCCUAUAAAAGCACUUAGUAAUAUACAACGGGAAGCUUAA